AUGCAGCUCUUCGGAUGGGCUGUGCCUUUGCGGCGACACAACAUACCAGAAUGCGCUCGCAGCGUGCGCCUCCACACAAUGCACCGUCAGAGAAUCAUUACGUACGUUGAACGGGCCAUAAUCGAGGGUCCAAGGCUGACUGUAUCAGUUGCAAAACGCCUGGGCGACCGCGCAUGCAAUGUCCCCGUCCACCAAGGCCGGCCGGAGGUGGAAGCUGCCACACUUGUCCCUUUGAUUCUGGCUUCAGUCUUCUUCUUUAACCGAAUGGCCGCCAAAUCCAUGGGCCUGGCUGGUGGUUGGGGCUCCGACGACUACACCAUCAUCGGCGCCUAUUCAGUGAUUCAAGUUGGCUUCGGCAAGAACAUGUGGGAUGUCAUCCCCAUGGACAACAUCACCGAGGUGAACAAGGUAGGUGGCCGUUUGUCCCUGAGUCCAACGGCCAGCGCACUCACCUAUCAUUCACAGCGCUUCUUCGCCUUCGUCGUCUUAUACAAGACGCAGAUCUCCCUCGCCAAAAUUUCGGUCUGCCUCUUCCUUCUGCGAAUCUUCCAGACCCUGGCGUUCCGAUACACGACGUACGCGAUUAUCGGACUCAAUGCUGCUAUUGGAGUGACGUGGGUCCUUGUCGACUCGCUGCGAUGCAACCCAGUCCAUCUGGCAUGGGACGGCUGGACAGGAGAGACGCCGGGAACAUGCAUCAAUUUCACCAGCGCGACAUUCGCCAAUGCGUUUGUCAACAUCGCCGUGGAUACUGUCAUGGUGCUGAUGCCUGUCUAUGAAAUUUCGAAGCUCAACCUGUCGGGAAGGAAGAAGCUUGGUGUGAGUGUCAUGUUCGCCAUGGGUCUAGUCUUGACCGUCGUCGCCAUUCUCCGUGUCGUCGUCUUCUAUCUCAACCGCUGGGGGAAGAAUCCUACCGUUGAGCUGCAACCAAUCGUCCACUGGUCCGUCAUCGAAGUCAGCAUCGCCGUUCUCUGCGCCUGUCUGCCCACCGGCCGCGCCAUGCUCGCACACUUUUUCCCCGGUCUGCUGGGUGGUUCCGCCGAUAAAUCGUACCCGCAGCCCACGACGCCCUCGGCAAGGGCUCUGGGCCCCAGUCGCCAGGGACAGAGAAGUCAGAUUGCCAAGACGGUAUCGUACUCGGUCGACUAUCAAACCAAGCCUCAGAAAAGGGACUCGAACAGCUUUGUGCGGCUGGUGGAGUUGGAUCCACUGAAGGAGGGGAGUGUACAUUAG